AUCACUUGGAGAGAGACUAAACGAGACUUCAAAGUCUUCUGUUCUCCCUCUGUUUUGGAGCAAGCCGAAAGAGAAAUUACCUCCAAAGCUAAGCAAUAUACCAUCUCAAUCGUCACAACACGAUUCCAUAUCGGUUAUUAAAGAGGAGAACUCUAAGUUAGAAGACUCAUAUUGCUCAAAUUCACAGAAAAGGAUUUUAGAUUCAAAAAUGGCUUAUGAGAAAACUUCAGAGAAGGCUCCUUUAGAUCUUGCUCUUGUAUUUCCUAAAGCAUGGGCCAAAGCAGAAGAUACAGUCAAGAGCAAAAGCAAAUUGAGUAAGCCCACUUCUGCCUCUUUAGUAUGUCCUCAAUUUGUUUGUAAAUUAUUGAUAUUUAGGUAGAAACCAAUUAGAAAACUUGAUCAUUAUGCGUAUGAAUCCUGCAACAUCUAAGAUUUAAGUUGUAAAAUCAUUCAUGAUAACAAAUAGAGCUAAAACUCAGAGCGAUUCACAUACAAUGAGCCUAAAACGCACUGAGACACAGAUGGAGCUAAGCAAGUACAAGUUUCAUGAAAUGUCUGAUCCAAAGUAUAACCGCCUAUACGCAAAAAUGAUGAAAGAGGAUUCUGCAAAGAGAACCUCAACGACCCAUAUUGUUCCAGAAAUAGGUGAUCAAAAACACCAAAUUCCAAAAAUCUCCCAAAGUUCUAGUAAAAUAGGUUUCAGAGAGAUUACUGAGAAGGCUAAAAAGAGAGGGAACUCCAAGCACCAGGUUCUUAAUAAACUUCUAAACCAGACUAAAGGUAAAGCAAAAGUGCUUCAGGCCUGAGAAAUAAGAACUAUAAGAGCCGAGUGAAACAUAUUUCGUUCCAGGUUGAAAAGAUCAUCUCUGGAGAUCCUCACAGGAAGUACAUUAUUGAUGAAUAUAACAAGAACACUUUUGAGAAAUACUUGCAUUAUAAAAGAGUCAAGAAAAUGUUUCAAUAAAAUAAAUUACUUGCAAUCGCACUGGAAGCUUAUACUCAUUUUAAACAAGCUAAGCAUGGCGAAAAGUCCUCUAAUCUCAAGCAGGAGGAUAAAUCUUCUAGACGUACUACAAAAGUAAAAAUUAGAACCCAGAAGCAACCUAAAUCAGGUUUCAACUUUAAGUUGCUCUCGGUCGACAGGAGGUUUUCUAGAAAAGUUGUCUUAAAGCAAAUAACUGAGAAAGAAAUUUAUUCACAGAUUGGAGAAGAUGAAAGUCUUCAGAACUCCUGUAAAGUAGUCCGAGGAAUCCCCCCUAAUAGUCAGGCUAAAGGGAUAGUCAAGGAGUUUUUGAAGCCUGCUCCCAGGCUCUCAAGACGUACUAUGGAAUCUAUGCUUGCUCAGAACGUGAUGAAGAGCAGAAAUGAGGUGAUGACUCUAAGUAAUGUCCCAAAAAUUACCUUCAGGCCGCAACUCAUCUUCAGUUUUUAACAAAAGUCUCAAAAGUUUUAAGAAUAUACCAAGACCAGUGAAGGAUUUGAAGAAGACACAUAAGGAAAGGAAGAGGCAGUAUCUUGUUAAACAGACUCACACAAAGUUGACUCGGUCUUAUAAUAAUAUACUGAAAGAACAGGCCAAAAUGAGCCAGUGUAGGAAAUUUGAAGAUUUCAUAUCUAAAACAACUCAUAAUCACAACUCAAAUUCUGAAGAAAAUAAGUCGAGACCGACAAUUAAUCAGAGGGAUUCAAGGAAUUCAAGGUCCAUAUCCAAGAAGAGCUUAAAGGGUAGCAGAAGGAGCAGCAGAUUCUCAAUGAUCAAUUUCAGUAGUCUAGCAAAUAAACGGAGAUCAUCAAAAAUGAGCGAUGGUCCCAAGGUAGUAAUGCGGUUCGUGUAGUCUUGUAAGCAGUUGUAAUAAUUCAUUCUAAUUUCCUCAAUUU